UUGUAAAUUGAUAAGGGUUAUUGUACAUGUUAUGGGCCUUUAGUAAAAAUAUUAAUAUUAGUAUGGGCCUCAUGUAAAUUUAUAUGGGCUUGCCCAGUGAAAGAGAGGAUCACUCAUCGCUCGCUAAGGGGAGGAGUAGAUUGGAAAGGAGUGAGUGGAUGGCGCUUUCUCUCAGCCUGUCUCGACCACCGAGUCUUAGCCUAAGCCUUAGCACUAGCAGCGUCGUUCCUAGGAGUGGAGUGGCUUGGAUCAGAUGCGGCCCCCGAGACAACCGCGGACCUCUUCUCAAAGGUCGGAUCCUGAGCUCCGAAGCCAUCCAAUCGAUACAGUCACUAAAGCGAGCCCACCGCAACGGCUCCCUCUCCCUUAGCCUCCCUCCUCUCCGGCGUCUCCUAAAAUCUGACCUCCUCUCCGUCCUCCGUGAGCUUCUCCGCCAGGACCACUGCACACUCGCUGUCCACGUUCUCUCCACACUCCGUUCUGAGUACCCUCCCGUCGACCUCGUUCUCUACGCAGACGUCGUCAACGCUCUCUCGAGGAACAGGGAGUUGGAAGAGAUAGACCGUAUCAUCGGAGAAAUUGAGGGAAUUGAAGGCGGUUACCAAAGCGACAAGGCACUAGCCAAGCUGAUUAGGGCGGUCGUGGGAGCGGAGAGGAAGGAAUCGGCGGUGAGGAUAUACGCGAUGAUGAGAGAGAGCGGGUGGGGGUCUGGAUCGUGGGAGGCGGACGAGUACGUAGCGGAGGUUCUGAGCAAGGGACUCCGGAGGUUAGGGGAGCUUGACUUGGCAGCUCAGGUGGCCGCCACUCAGAUGUUGAAUUCUAAAGGUUUAGGAAAUGGAACAGAGAGUAAGAAUAUAGAGAGAAUAUAGAGAAUGCGAUGUGAUGUAUGGCUCUCUCUGCACAAUUCUCCUCCGUGAGAUACUUUGGUUUCGGAUUUAAGUUUUGAUUAGAAGAAUUAAAGUUGAUAGUCUUUGGGGUAACUAAUCCAUGGGGUAUUCGUAUCCUCUUCGAAUUCCUUAUUUCUUUGCGGA